UUUGGUAUAAUUUCUCAUAUUAUUAGUCAAGAAAGAGGAAAAAAGGAAGCCUUUGGUACAUUAGGAAUAAUUUAUGCAAUAUUAGCUAUUGGCUUCGUAUUUUUAUUUACAAUUGGAGGAUUAACAGGUAUUGUUCUUGCCAAUUCAUCAAUUGAUAUUAUCCUACAUGACACUUAUUAUGUAGUUGCUCAUUUUCAUUAUUUUUUAUCAAUAGGAGCAGUAUUUGCUAUUAUAGCAGGAUUUAUUCAU